AUAAUAUGACUCAAAUACGACCAUCUUUGUCAAGAACCAAAUUUGAAACAAGGGCAUGGAAGAGCCUGAUAAAGGGAAGGAAAAGGAAUUGAAAGGGAGAGAAGAGGUUCGAUACCGGGGUGUUCGAAGGAGACCUUGGGGAAAAUUUGCGGCGGAAAUACGAGACCCAUCAAGGCAGGGAGCAAGGUUAUGGUUAGGGACAUUUGAUACGGCAGAGGAGGCAGCUCGUGCUUAUGAUAGAGCUGCAUUUAGCAUGAGAGGUCAUCUUGCAAUCCUCAACUUUCCUAAUGAUUAUCUCUCUCAAGCGAUAGGAUCUUCUCCUCGUCGUCCACCAGUUUCAUCAUCUAGUAGUGAUGUUGGUGCAAGCGAGAGUUUUCAGAGGGGAAGCUCAUCAAGUGCCGGACAAGGAAAGCAAGUUAUCGAGUUUGAGUACUUGGAUGAUAAGAUUUUGGAGGAGCUUCUUGAAACAGAAGAGGAGAAGAAGAAACGGCAGCAAGAUUGAGUUUUAGUUUUUUCUGUGCCUGUUCCUUUCUUUUUUUGUUCUUGAUUUAAGCUUAUUCAAGAAUUUUUUCAAGAAAAAUCUCUAUGAUUUUCAUAUUAUUAGUUCUUACUUCCACAAGAUUAAUAAGAUUGUUAGGGAUCCAUGAGUUACCCAACUACUGGGGAGAAAUGGCGUGCCUAAAUUAGUUGACAACGAUAAA